CUGAUGGAGAACAGGACAGAUGUGACCCAGUUCAUCCUGCUAGGACUGACCAAUGACCCAGACCUGCAGGUCCCCCUCUUUAUCACCUUCCUCAUCAUCUACUUCAUCACACUUCUUGGGAACCUGGGAAUGGUCUUCCUGAUUGUCUUGGACUCUCAUCUCCACACCCCCAUGUAUGUCUUCCUUGGUCAUCUCUCUCUGGUGGACUUCUGUUACUCUUCAGCUGUCACUCCUAAGGUCAUGGCUGGACUCCUCAUGGGAGACAAGGUCAUCUCUUACAAUGCUUGUGCUGCUCAGGUGUUCUUCUUCUCAGGCUUUGCUACUGUGGAAAAUUACCUGUUGGCCUCAAUGGCCUACGAUCGCUAUGCGGCAGUGUGUAAGCCCCUCCAUUAUACCACCACUAUGACAAUGAAUGUGUGUACUUGGAUGAUCAUAAGCUCCUAUGUCAUUAGUUUCCUGAAUGCCUCCAUCCACACUGGGGACACGUUCAGUCUCUCUUUCUGUAAGUCCAACGUGGUCCGUCACUUUUUCUGUGAAAUUCCCUCCAUCAUGGUUCUCUCUUGCUCUGACAGACGUAUGAGUGAGCUCAUUCUUGUCUCUGUCGUGACCUUCAAUAUAUUUCUUGCUCUCCUUGUUAUCUGUAUAUCCUACAUGUUCAUUUUUAUUACCAUUCUAAAGAUGGGUUCAGCCAUGGGACACCGGAAGGCCGUGUCUACCUGCGCCUCUCACCUCACCGCGGUCUCCAUUUUCUACGGCACUGUUAUCUUCAUGUACUUGCAGCCCAGCACGGCCCACUCAGACACCGACAAAGUCGCAUCCGUGUUUUACACGACGGUCAUCCCCAUGCUCAACCCUAUGGUCUACAGCCUGAGGAAUAAGGAGGUUAAAUGUGCAUUUUUUAAUCUCAAGAGUGCAUUCAUUUUGUGGAUGCAAAGGAAAUCUUUAGGGUUAUGA